AUGUCUUGUCCCAGCCAGCCUCUCACAAUCUCCCCCUCGCCCUCCGACUUCUGUAGCCCCAUUACAAGCGUUAAGCGCGAAGGGACAUACGGGUUUUACGGCCCUCUCUCCAUCUCUCGCCUCGCCGACUCCGCCUCCAAUUUCAUCCUCAAACACUGCACUGCCAACAGAGACGGUCUCGUCCAGGCCCUCUCCUCUUUCCUUGUCGACUCGGCGGCCCACGUUCGGCAGGAAACCAGUCCUCCUGACCAAGACAGUAGCACCCACUCAACCUGGCUAUGCGUUCGCAUCACUGGGCCCUCUGAUGAAUGGAUCACGCCUCGCUGGCACCGCGACGGGCGCAUGUUUGACUGCGUGUGCGCGGCGCCUCGACCGCAUGCAAAAUAUGCCGUGACGCUACUCGGACCGCCGACUCGGAUGAUCCACCCGUCGGAGGCGGUGGACGCUGCGGUGCACAAGGUGGAGGCGCAGCACGGCAGCAUGGAUGAGGAGCGCGCAGAGCUGGCUGCGUUACUGGAGGGGGUUCCGCUAGUCGAGCUCCGCGCGGGCCAGGUCGUGCGGUUCACAUGGGGAGAGAAUGAUGCGCCAGUUCAUUCGGAGCCGGAUAGUAGUACUGAGGCCAGAGUGUUUGUAAGCGUUUUGUUUGGCUCCGAGGAGGAGUUAAAGAACAUGUGUAGCGUCCGGGAUGAGGUUUAUGGAGAGGAGAGUAUUUGGACAUCCCCACGAUCUUUGGAGUAA